AAAGUAAAUUAAAGUAGUCCAUGAGUCUUAUAUUUUCAGAGUCUUCUGUAGCCAAACAAUAACCAAAAUUUAAGUUGUCGCAUCUCUUGAAUCUGUUUUUCGCAAGACGCGUUGUGCCUAGUUUGACAGCAGUGGUGAGUAGGUAUGGGAAUUUUAAGGUAAAUUUAACAGUUACAGUUCCAAUUGUACUUAACACUUUAGAUUCCUUAAUGUUUCCAUUAACAAUUCUUUUAGAAGAAUUAUUUGAAAAUAAGAAUAAGAAUCGGACUACCCUGGUCACGCUGUGUGACUUGUAAGAGUCGUUCAUUCGGGAACCGCACUUCAUUGGUCACUACAGUUUUAAAAGAACUGGCUCUUUGGUGUCAUUCAUUCAGGAAUUGGAUUAUACCGGAAGCACUGUUUGUUUUGCACUGAAGAUUCUGGAGUGGGAUAUCACAGCAGUAUUUUAGGACGGUGUUCCAUCCACAUUGUCGGUAAAUUGCACGUUCAGAAAGCUUUAAUGGACCUGAAAGUCAUGAAAACCAUACAGUUCCAGUAUUUAAAAAAUUAUAAAAAUGAACUCAACCCUAUUGGCAAGCACCCAAGAACCAGUGAAGUGGGAAAUAGUGGUAUUUGAAUUGAACAUGAGUGUGAAGGAGAUUUCAUUUGCAUAUAGUAUGAAUACAAUGUAGAGUGAUUAAGAAACUGCUAAUGUAGAGCUGUCUGUACAUAUCUAUAUUACUUCCAUUGACAUUCACUUGUCAUUGAGUUCAUAUCCAUAAAACUAAAUUAUCCUCAUCACGUAGCAUGUUAAAUUCUGCAUCUUCUGGCAUUCCACAGCCUUUUUUCCAAUAUGAGGGGAAUUUUCAGGAUAGAAAUCAAAACAACCAUAGGAUACAUUUGCCAAUAUUAAAUAACAUCUUUUCAAUAAAUGUGUCCCCAAAAAUAUUUAACAUUUUUGAAUAUUCAUUCGGCCAUCUAAAAUCAGUUAAAAGCCAAAAUCUCUCUCCUGCAUUCCCGCACAACAAUGCUUGGGCGCAUUUGGACUAAACCUCACCUUUUACUGGCCGAAGUAUUUGUAUUGUUUUAACACUGCUUUAUAAACUAUCGGUUUCCUUUCAGAGUUUCUUUUUUAACUCCGAAAAUUUACUUUCAUGAAAUAAUUAUUGGAUCAAAAUUAACCGGUUAUUAACCAAUUUUUAAGAAUACUGUUUUCAUUCCAUAACAAUUGAAAAGGAUUUCUUUCCCAUUUUCUGUGACGUUCUGCAAAAGAAUUUCCGUCGCUUUUCGUUCCUUGAAACAUUUUUAGUCACUGAUUUUUUGUUGUUGUAUUCUUUUGAAUUUUUGAUAAUUUACACUUCACAUUUUAAUACAAAUGUAGGUCAUCCAGCUAUUUUGCACACAGAAAAUGUGCAUAUUGUGCACAAUGUACAUACUAUGUACAGCAUAAAUAGUAAAAGGAAGAUGUUAGUAUGCUAAUCCGAACAUAGCCUUUGCUUUGAAAAGCAUGUUUUAAUGUUUGUUUUUUUAAGAUCAUGAUUCAAAGGAGUUUUUGCACGUAUUACUCUUUCAAAUAUGACAUAUUCAGCCUGUGUUAUUACAUGCCAAUUGUUCUGGUUGUUUUUUUAGGUCUAAUAACACACUGUGCAGUACGGUGUCAUUGCGCCCUCUGCCUUCAGACUAUGAGCCCAGUGUGAUGCUCUGUGAUCAUGCUGCCAGACACCUGCCCAAUCAAAGGUGCGAUUAUAGUUUAAAGAGCGCAUAUGAUUAAAUCUCACUGAUUGUGUUCUUUGUGAGCAGAUACAGAAGAGGUGGAAGUCUUGGAUGACGAUGGCUCUGAGAUGGAGGUGUACAUAUCACCAGCAUAGCUGGACAAACAGCUGGUUACUCUCUCUCUGCUUCCUGAUUCAUGUUGGAAGAACCUCCUGCAUCUCGACAUCAUCGAGAUGAGGAGCCUGUGAUGCUGGUGAAGGAUUUGGGCCCCUCUGCUGUUGAAGCAGAACUUCGGUCCCUGUCUCCAGAUAUGAGUGGAGAUGUCAGAGUCAUGCAGAGCUUCCUGAAGAUGAUCAUCAGCAUUCUUCAAUCUAAAAGAGAUUUUGACCUGGCUCAAGCCUACUCAGCAUUGUUCCUUAAGCUGCAUCUUCAGCUCAUCGCGGAGCAGCCGGAGCUGAUGGAGGAGGCACUGAGAGUGUCCCGACUUCUGAAGGAGACGUGGAUCUCCCUGCAGACGCUCUUAAACCAAAAUAUUUGUCUGUUGUCAUACAUCAAGAGUGCACUGCUGUAGAGCACCUUUUCAUGUAUUUGUGAUUUUUAAGUGUGGCUUUCUGUUAUAAAAAUGUGUGCACAUCCAUUUAGCCACCAAAAUUCCCUCAGUCUUACAGAUGCAAAGUGUGGUCCCAUGGCAGAAAUGAUCCCACAUCAUCCUUCUUUUUCAUGACUGAGCUGCAAGUAAGCGAUUGUUCAGUUGUGGUUGUUUUGUGCUGAUCAGACACUGAACAGAUGUGUCCCUGUGUGUGUGGGAGCCCAGAACACUCCUUCACGGCUUGAGCUAUAAAGGAUGACCUGUCAUGCAGGCCUGGAUGAAUUUGGAUUCUGUGUGGGUGAAUUUUCAGACCAUUCUUUAUAGCACAUUAAUUGUCAUUGAAAGUGGCAUUUGUGGAACAUUAAAGGAAUGGAUCCCUUGCAAAGUCAAACAGUGGGAAUUGCUGUCACCCUUACUGUUGAUUUUCAUUGACCCCACCCAGGAUGUAACCAAAUGUAUAGGUUUGAGGGUUGGUCAUAUUUAUCAACCACAAAUCUGAAUGUUUACAUGACAUGGUACUUCAACAGUAGAAUUAUGUCCAAAAUAAACAUGGUAUUACCUUGGUACCAUGUCCAAAACUGUCAAUACCAUGAAAUGUUUUGGUAGUUUGUUAUUAAGAUCUCCAGAACGGGUUUGAAAUGCCCUUGCUAAAAUACGGCAAUGUCUCACAUGGUAAUACCAUGGUAAUUUGUUUUAUAAUGUGUUACUGGAUAAUUAUUAUUAUUAUUAUUUCUCCCAAUUUGGAAUGCCCAUUUCCCACUACUUAGUAGGUCCUCAUGGUGGCGCAGUUACUCACCUCAAUCCGGGUGGUGGAGGACAAGUCUACAUCCCUGCGUUUUAUCACAAGGCUCGUUGUGCAUGACACCAUGGAAACUCACAGCACGUGGAGGCUCAUGCUACUCUCGUGAUCCACCCACAACUUACCAUGCACCCCAUUGAGAGCGAGAACCCCUAAUUGCGACCACAAUGAGGUUAACCCAUGUGACUCUACCCUUCCUAGCAACCGGGCCAAUUUGGUGGCUUUAGAGACAUGGCUGGAGUCACUCAGAACACCCUGGAUUUGAACUUGCAACUCCAGGGGUGGUAGUCGGGGUCAAUACUCACUGAGCUACCCAGGCCCCGCUACUGGAUAAUUAUUAUCAUUUUGAUGUACCAUGGUAUUUGGUUUAGAAGUGUGGGUCACCCCAGAAUCUAAAGAAGAAAAUAAGAUAGGCUAUACUUUUUAUAAAGAAAUAGAAUCCUGUUGUUAUUAUGAUAUUAUUUUCAUAAGCACAUUAAUACACAAGACAGUAAAAAUGUCAGCACGAAACAUUGAAACAUCAGAACUGGACAGCUCAUUCAACUGUUAGAUGUUGCUGAUAUGAAGACCGUUUCACAUCACUCACGUCACGGAUUCAGAACACCACGUUAUGCAAACAACAUGCAGAGCUUUGUCCAACAAAUGAAAAGUGUUUGUGUGCACGGUAAACACUGAAAACGUAAUUGAGUAAGUUUAGUUAACGUUGCACUUGUUUAGUUUUUCUUUCAGAUGUGAAUGUGGAGAUUUAGAGUAAAAGGGCAUAAAUAUGUUUCUCACCAUCUGUUAUAUCAAUUGGGGAUAUGGAUUAAACUACUGGAGUUAUUUUUAUGCUGACCUUAUGUACUUUUUUUAGCUUUAAAGUUUGGGUCACAAUUCACUUGCAUUGAAUGGACCAACAGAUCUGAGAUAUUCUGAACAAAAACAAAUAAUUUUAGAAGCAUAAGAAAGUCACAUCUGGGAUGAGGGUGAGUAAAUAAGAUAUUUUUAAUUUUUGGUUGAACUAUCCCUUUAAUAAUACAAUGGGGAUUUAACAUUAAUAAAAAAUAUAUAUAUAUAUUGUCCUACAUGCUGUUUAUUUUUUCAGAUUAACAAUUUUUAUUGAUUUACAUAAUUGAACAUAGAAAAACAAAACAUAUAUACACUUCCCCAUUCUUCUAAAGGACCCUUCUUCAAAGGCCGCCAUAACCUUCCCAUCUCCGAGCACCACUCCUGAAAAGGGGAUGCUCCAGCUGACCUCCAACCCCUUAUAUAAGUAUCUGCCUGGUGAUCAUGACACUGGUUAAGACACAACUCUUUAUGUCUCUAUUUUCAAUAUUGAAGACCAGCCCAAAAUACAGAGUCUGGGGCUAAAUGAUAUCCGAGUGCCCAAUACAUCACACACCAAACUCUGAACCUUCAACCAAAACUCCUGGAUCUUAACACACCCCCAAAAGUUGGGUUUUGUCUCCAUCCUCAGAUUGGCAUCGCUAGCAGGUGGGUGUGUCUUUAAGACCAAGCUUAUACAAUCUAGAAAGGGUCCAAUAGAAUCCAUGUAAAAUCUUGAAUUGCAUAAGGAUCUCUAGUUUUUUAGAAUCCUAGCACACACCCCCUCCUCCAAUACCAAGUUUAAAUCUUUCUCCCAUAAUCUCUUGAGAGAAGCCGAAGCUCUGUCCCCCAGACUCUGAAUUAACAGGGAGUAAUACACUGAUGCCUCAUGACCUUUUCCAAAAGCAGUAAUCACCACUCCCAGAUUAUCUGCCUCUUUAGGGGGGUGUAUGUAUGUUACUCCCAAAAAUAGUACAGAGCAGGUGGCGCAGCUGUAGAUACCUAAAAAACAGAUCUGGGAAUCCCAAAAUGUUAUAUAGGUCUCUGAGUGUAGUAACCCCCCUCCCAAUCCACACUGACCAGCAAAAAGGGGACUUAUUAAUAUAUCAUUUGGGUUUCAGCCAUAUGCUUGAGGCAACAUUUAAAUAAAUAUCCUACAUGCUGUUUAUACAUUGUUUUGUA